AGCUGGGGUCCUGGAGCCGUGCGGAGGAGCCCUGGGGAAGUCUCAAAGUUUGCGUCUGGGGCGGUAGUGGGAAGUGGGCUUAUUGCAAAGGGAUUUUCUUGGGGUGAGACCUGAUCUGCCUCUGUUUUGGAUGCGCGCCCUGCUGUAGCCCCAUCAGCCUUCAGCCGGGUCCCUGGACAGCCUGUCUCCCCCGGCAGUUCUCAGAGUUCCGAGGUCACCGGCCGGGAGCACCUGGCAGCUGGUUCUCCGGCAGGUAGAUAGAGCACAGGACGCGCUUCCUUCCUAGGUGCCUAAGCUACACGCGCACGCGCACACCCCGCGCGGGACCCUAACCGCGGAGGCAUCUCCACCCGCUGUGCUCAGGCCGCAGCAUCCUCGCCCGGCAUGGAGGUGCUGGAGAGCGGGGAGCAGAGCGUCCUGCAGUGGGACCGCAAGCUGAGCGAGCUGUCGGAGCCCGGGGAAACCGAGGCUCUGAUGUACCACACGCCAGUGAUCAUGGUAAAGGCAGCAGGAAUGGUGGCGGCUGAACUUGGACAAAUCUUGCCAUUUACCACAUCUGCAGUGGAAUUUCUACGGCGGCAUUCAGAAGCUCACAUUAUUUGUUCAUGUGUUUGUUUGAAGAGGCCUUCUGUGAACAAGAGUUAAUUAGUCUGGUUUCUUUUCCUUUACUACAAGAUCAUGAGAGCUUUGGGGAAUGCAUUUCAUUUCCUUGGGUCAUGAAACUUAAAAAUGAAGUUUAUAUUUAAUGGAUCUAGUAGUUGGGGAAAUUAUAUAUAAGCAUACUGCUAUAGAACAAUGGCUUUUGGUCAGGAGACAUUCCCAGGUAGGAGAAAGUAAAGUCCAGUUUAACAGCAGUGCAGUUUUAGUUUGCAAUAUAUACAAAUUUAAGAGACGAGAAAAAGAAAGCCAAAACAGUUUUGGACUACACAGGGAGUUGGAGAAAUAAAACUAACCUGCAGGAAAGAUCAUGCAAUUACUGUAAUGAAUUUCAGAAAUGUAAUGAAGAAAUGGAGUUUGGGUUUACGGCUAAAUUAGGUAGGAAUCCAAUAAAAUUCCAAAAUGAUUUGAAGGAGGAAUUCACUUGGUUAUUUUGAAACAUGUGAUUAGUUAGUUUUGCUGAGUGAGUUUGCCUUCUUUUUAGAAUUUGAUCUAUAAUCAAGGUAAACCUUCUCUAGGAAAGGGUGGAAGUUCUAGCCAAAUGGUGGGAGGGAACAGGUGUGGGUGGGUAUGAGGGGAAGCCUUCUUGAAGGUAAGCUCCUUGAAGGCAGAUCAAAUAUAUCUGAGCUUCCCAUACACCUACUAGCUCAGCCCUGAGCUCAGAAAUGCUCUCUAAGAAUUUUUCGAUAUUGAUUUGCUUUGGAAUUUAAGUGCAUUAUCUGCAAGAAUUAUCGUUGACAUAGAAUAAAAUGUCCUAAAAUUUUUCAAGAUGAAAUCAAUAUAGUCAGAAUCCUGGAGUCUCAACUGGAAUUUAUCUGAGUCCAAAUAUCUUAAAAAGAUCUUUUUUGGGGAACUACUUCUGUUUUCCGACAGCUUGUGGCCAAUCUCAGAUUGAAGUGGGAUAGUUUCCAGGACCAAUAAUUUGUCAAGUGCCAAAACCUGUGCAAUGGAAUGGCAUUCUGUCUUCUGACAGCCUGAUAUUUGAAGUAUAUGGGUCUCGUAUCAGAACCUCCAGAUCUGCGCUGAAUGUGAUCCAGGAUUUCCUGAAAGUCUAUGUGAGAUACAGGAUUUUGGAAGGAAACCAUCUAGGAUCUGUCAACGCUCUGCUUUCCUAGAUUUUCUAAUCUUUAUUACCAGAAAGCAAUGUGCCUGGAGCAUAUUUUCCAAAAUCUCAUGGCUAUGUAUAAACUAUCUUCUGUUAGCCUUGUUGCAAAAGUUAGCUGAGAGUAUUCUAAAAGACAUGGUCUUGGGAAGUGUAUUUAUCUGCAGAUAAUGUACCGCAUCUUCCAGUUUACUUCUUAUAGAACUAAGCGGAAGAGAUAAAAGAACUGCCCCUUAAAGUCAUUCAUACUAGGAGUCAAAUUCAAGAAAAAGAUAGAGUUGGGGAAGGGGGAUAAGCUAUCGAUGCUGGUCCUGGCUACACCCUUCAUUGAUUGAUUAAAUAAAUCAUUUUGCUGUA